CAACUGUUUAAUCGAAAAAUUACCCCUUCUAAUUCACAAACCUACUAAUUCGCGUUAGUUAUUGAAAAACGUGAUUGUAGAUUUUAGUUGUUACUCUUACAUUCUCCACUGCUUACUUAUGAAGUAACAUACUCACCAUAGUCAUAUUAAAAUUAUAUAGGACACAAUUGAUAGCAAUAAAAAUAAAUAUACUAUAAAAUUUUAGCUCAACACUUUGUAUUUGAUACACCGUAAACGUUGUGCUAUUUUGUAUAAUUCUAUAGUUUAUUACAUUAUUAGCUACAAUUAAUUUUAAAAGCAUAUUAGUAAUAAUAAUAUUGAGAAUAUGAAAAUUCUUUUCUUACGCGGGAACAGCAUAUUCAAAUAAACUACUGAGGCGAUUUUGAUGAAAAGACGGAAACAUGUAAAAUGUAAUAAAUUAAUCUUUGGUUUGACAACAUUAUUUUUUAGAACUUGCAAAACAAUAUUAAUAAGCAUAUUUAUAGUUUGGUGGUCCUACAUUCAUAGCGUAAAAACCAAAUCAACAAUACAUCAUGGACAUAGAAUUUACUAAUCUCACGUGUAGUGUACAUUGUUUUCAAAGCGAUCUAAAAAUUAAAAAAAAAGUUAUACUCAAUGCCAUAAGUGGAAAGUUCUUAGAAAAUCAAUUAUGUGCAAUAAUUGGGAGUUCAGGCUGUGGCAAAACUACUCUAUUAAAUAUUUUAUCUGGAUACAGGAGAACCGGUUUUACUGGUGCGGUAAUGGCAAAUAAUAAACCGCGAGUGCUUAGGAAGUUUAAAAAAAAAUCAUGCUACAUUAUGCAAGAUAAUAGUUUGCAUGGACAACUCACUGUCAGAGAAACCAUGGAGUUUGCAAUUAAAUUAAAAUAUUCAGUGUUAUCAAUCAAUAGAUCAAACAUAGAAAUGAUGAAUGGGAUUUUAAGUAAACUUGGUUUAUACAACUCUUAUGAUACUAUGGUGAAAUAUUUAUCUGGUGGUCAACGAAAAAAAUUAUCAAUUGCUUUGGAAUUAAUUCAUAAUCCUAAAAUUAUGUUCUUUGAUGAACCAACUAGUGGUUUAGAUAGUUCAUCCUCGAAACAAGUGAUUCAAAUUAUGAAAGGCUUAGCAAACUCUGGUCAAACAAUUGUAUGUUCAAUACACCAGGUGUCUCCGGACGAAUUACAAAAGUUCGAUGUUUUAUAUGUGCUUUCACCAUCUGGAUAUUGUAUUUAUAAUGGGCAUACUUCUGCUUUACCAAAUUUCCUCGCUAAAAAUGGGCUUAAGUGUCCAUUAUAUCACAAUAUUGCUGAUUUCAUACUAGAAGUAAGUCAUGGAGAGUAUGGAGAUUAUGUAUUAAACUUAACCAAAUGUAGUAAGAACGGUAGACUACAAUUAAGGAAUAUUGAUGCUCAUUCGUACAUACAUAAAGAUAAAAGCACUGAAAUAGUAUCUCCUAUUUUGUUUUUGAGAAAAGAUUCAGAUUAUAAAAAAAAUAAGAAGUAUAUAAAUUAUAUAAAUCAAUGUUUCAUUCUACUUUAUAGGAAUUUUGUUAAUAUUAAAAAAGAAAAGUACUAUGAAAUAAGAUUAAUAACAUAUGCGUUGCUUGGUAUUAUGUAUGGUGUAAUAUUUUACGGAAUCGGUAAUGAUGCCUCUUGUACACAAGAUAACAUAAAAUUUUUAUUUAAUUGUUUGAUAUUUACUGCAUUUACAUCUUGUUCUACAAUUCCAGUGUCUUUUGCGAUGGAACUUGAAGUGGCUAUAAAAGAACAUUUUAAUCAAUGGUACUCAUUAUCAACUUUUUUCUUCAGCCAUAUUAUUGUGGAUUUACCAAUUCAGGUUAUGUGUACGCUAUUAUUUAGCAUUAUUACAUACUAUUUAUCAAAUCAGAUUUUUGAACUGUCAAGAUUUGCUCUCUUCACUCUUAUCUUGACCAUUGUUGGGUUAUUAGCACAAGCCGUUGGAGUAUUUGUGACAAUACUGUUUAGAAAUCUAACGUUAAUUACGUUGUUAUCAAAUAUGUUAGUUCUUCCGUGGGUACUCUUUUCUGGAAUUCUAGUCAAAAUAAGUGAUACACCAAAGUUUUUGUCGAAGUUAUACGAUAUUUCGUAUUUUAAACAUGGAAUGGAAGCUUUAAUGCAUUCUAUUUAUGGACACAAUCGGCCUAAUUUAAAGUGUACAGAAGUGUUCUGUUACUAUUCUUCACCGACUAAAGUAUUGAAGGACUUCGACAUGCCAGAUGAUAAAUACUGGACUAAUUUUUUGGUAUUAACAGCGAUGUAUUUAUUUUUGAAGUUUUUAACGUACCAAAUACUGAAAAGAAAAUUGAAAAUCCAUUGGUGAUUUACCGAUAGUGAAA